CUUGAGACAGUCAGGCAGCAGACAGAAGGUCUUCGUCCAGCUAAGGGUUGGAGUAGGCAAUUUUCCUAAAGGCAUUAGAGAUGGAGACCAUAACUCCAUCUGACAAUUAUGACUAUGGCACAGAUGGCACAGAUGACCCAGUGGGGGUUGGUCCAUGUGUAAGGGAUGAUGAUAACCUCCUGGGAGCUCACCUGUCCUCCCUGUACUUCAUCAUGUUUCUCCUCAGUCUCCUCAGCAAUGGACUGGUCCUGGUCAUCAUCUACCGGUUUGAAAAGCUGACCACAGUGACCAACAUUUUUCUGCUGAACCUGGUGGUGUCCGACCUGAUCUUCAUGUGCAGCCUUCCUUUCUGGGGAAUCUACCAACAGCUGUCUAACUGGGUCUUUGGCUCAACCAUGUGCAAGAUUGUAGGCAGCACCUACUUCCUUGGCUUCUACAGUUCUGUCCUGUUCCUAACUCUUCUGACCUUUGACCGACACCUUGCGGUUGUUUACUCCCUGACUGCAUCACGACUGAGGAGACGUGGUUAUGCAGUGGCCUCCUGUGCUGGAGUGUGGCUGAUCAGUGGACUGGCAUGUAUCAAACCAAUGAUUCUUUAUUCCUCUUACAGAGAUCACACUGGUAACAGCUUCUGUGAAGAGUAUUCUAGUAAUCACACUUUUAUUAAUGGUCCCCAACUGGAAACCGCUGGACUUUACAUCCAACUUUUCCUUUUCUUCCUGUUUCCUCUGACUGUAAUUGCGUACUGCUACAUCAGAAUUACCAUCACUGUUAUAAUGUCCAAAAUGGUUACCAAGUUCAAGACAGUCAGACUGAUAUUCGUCAUUGUUGUGCUAUUUUUUGUGUGCUGGGCCCCCUACAAUAUUAUAUUACUGAUGUACACAAACGCCACCCUUUGUGAAGACCUGCAGAGUCUGGGUUAUGGUCUUCAAGUCACACGUAACCUCGCCUACCUCUACUUCUGCAUUAGCCCCAUCUUCUAUACAUUUGUUGGGAAAAAGUUCCAGAACCACUGUCGACUGCUGCUGGUGAAACGCUUCCCAUGCUUACGGAAGUACAUCACUGUCAGUCAAAUCAGCAGAACUAAUACGACAACAAAAAUCACACCAAACUAGAUUCAAGUCAGGGUUCAUGCAUUAUAGAGGACUCACAAUUGAAAUGUUUUUUUUUUUUUUUUUUUUUUUUCUAGAAAUAACUUGGUACAUUAUUUGCUCAAGAUGUUCCCUCUAUGACGUUUUAAAAUGCUCCUGUUCCGUUGAUAUUAUUUGAAGUGGUUGCUGUACCAUAAUUUCAAAAUGAACAUACCAUUGUGGUCACUCUCAAACCUAACACAAAUGAAGUGUUGCAUGAGCUGUUCAUGGAAUGUCUUCAGUCAUGAUGUUGAGGGCAAUGAGGGAAUCAGAGGCGUACAGUAUUGCCUGGUUGUAUAUUAAAUGCUGUUUGACAAAAUGUAUGGAGUUCCUGCAAACCUACCGGCAUUAACAGUUCUAAUCUGUAAUCAUCAGUAUAGUUAAGAAGACAUCAAAUCUAGAUCCAUCAGCCCAUACAUACUGUAGGUCCUGUU